GUGGGCUCGAAAUUGCAAAGUAGGUGGAAUAGUAGAAAAUGGUUGUAAUGAGUUCGGUGUACGUUCUCUUGCUGCUUGCUAUUUCGUGUUUCUCACAGUACCAUGGAGCUGCAGGUAGUUCGACGGACAAAUACACGUUGAACUACACGAAGAGUCACUUGCGAGUUAACGAGGCCGCGUUGUGCCUGCUCAAUUUGCAGAACGAAACCGUAACGAUCAAUAUCACGUACGGCAACUGCUACAGAUGUCGAGGACGCUUGUUAGUCAACAGCUCGAGGAGCAUCCAGAACUGCACGUCGAUUGGAACGAAUCACGGUUUCACUCUGUUCGUUCGUGACGCCAAUGGUCGAGUGAAAGGUGGCAGUUGCGCGUCGCAGCAGCUGCCGUCAACGAUAGAACCGAAAGGUGUAGUGAACGUAAUGGUUAGUGGUAAUGGCACGUGUCGUUAUGAAAGUGAGCCAGGCACAUGGCCAUAUAUGCCAUUGAUUGGACUCGUCUGCAUUCUGUUUGCCGUUGCGCUUGCGUGGAACUUGGGGCAGGUGGUGGUCGUGCGUAUGACACGCUCUGGCUAUAGUAUACCAUUUCAAUCAGUCAGGUCUUCUGCUGGUAUACAGCACAGUGCAACUCGAAAUCGAGACAAUUCUGAAAAUGAGAACAUUCAAUCUGGAGGUGCAUCGGGAGAAACACAGAGACUGGUGACUAUGCCAUCCUCGACUGCACAGCGUCCGCGUCUUCGAUCCCUGGAUACUUUUCGCGGGCUGUCUCUUGUUAUUAUGAUAUUUGUGAAUUAUGGAGGUGGUGGAUACUGGUUCUUUCAACAUAGCAAAUGGAAUGGACUCACGGUUGCUGACUUGGUUUUUCCGUGGUUUGUCUUUAUUCUUGGUACAUCAGCUGCAAUAUCGUUGAACUCUCUUGAUCGACGGGGUGUUAGUCGUUGGAGGAUGCUACUGAAAGUUGUCCGUCGUUUUGUUAUUCUGUUUGCACUCGGUUUGUUUCUUAAUGGUACCAACGUGCUGAGGACUUAUCGAAUUCCUGGAGUGUUACAACGUUUGGCUCUCAGUUAUUUAGGCAUCUCACUCUUACAUCUUGCCUUUGCUUCAAAGCGGGAUCGGAACACAGACAAAGUGUUUGCUCCUGUUAGAGAGGUUAUUAAUCAUUGGAUUGAAUGGGUUGUUGCUGUUAUUCUUAUUAUGAUUUGGUUACUAAUCACAUUUCUUCUUCCAUUUGACCACUGCCCGCCAGGGUAUUUGUAUCCAGGUGGUGAACUUGGUGACUAUGGCAACUACAUGAAUGCAAGUAGUAAUUGCACUGGUGGAGCUGCUGGUUACAUCGACAGGCAAAUCUUUGGUAUUAAGCACAUCUACCCUACACCAGAAUGUGUUCAUCUUUAUAUGACUGGUCCAUUUGAUCCCGAAGGAGCUCUUGGUACUCUCACAUCAAUCUUUCUUGCAUUCUUGGGUCAAAAUGCUGGUCGUAUUCUUCUUGUGCAUCCUGAUGAUAAACGUCGAUUAAUUCGUUGGGUUUUGUGGGGCAUCUUUUGGGGAGCCUUGGGAACGGCUCUCUGUGAAGGAAAACAGAAUGGCGGAGUCAUCCCAAUCAAUAAGAGUUUGUGGUCUCUGUCGUUCGUUUGUGUCAUGGCUGGGACAGGGUAUAUUCUUUUGGCAUUACUUUAUUACAUCAUAGAUGUGAAGAAAUUGUGGAUGGGUGGACCAUUUGUUUUUCCUGGAAUGAAUUCUAUAUUGGUGUAUGUUGGACACGAAAUGGUGCACAGAUAUUUCCCAUUCAGUUGGGAUGCUCCUCAAGAGCAGCUAGACAUACUUGCACAGAGUUUUGUUGGAACGUGUCUGUGGGUCAUUAUUGCAUACUACUUGUAUGUCAUAGAUUUUUUUGUUAAAGUGUGAAGAUUAUCUUGUUGAUUUCAGUUUUUGCUCAUGAUUUGGUAAGAGGAUAACAAACCUCUUCUAAUGAAGCUAUGAAGUAGCCAAUGCAGAUUUGCUGGAUUUAUUGCCAUAAUUUCAAACAUGAACGUUCUUGACAGCUACAGCAAUAUGCUUUGAUUACCAUUGUCUAACUAAGGAAAUAAACUGCAGUGUCACUGUGUGCCAAA